ACUUUGCUUGUCCUGGGGGAUUACGUAUGGCCAAUGAGAGCGCAAUGAUUGGUGCAGGCACUGGCGGCAUCAAGUACUAGAGGUCUGAGUCCGGACAGCAGCGAGACGCCGCACUAUUCACGACGAUCCAUGCGCAUUCGCGGCAAGGACGGCGCGGGCGACGAGACGCCGAGUCGGGUGCUCUCUUGCAAAUUUGGGCGCUCAACGUAGCCGCGCGGGAGUAGUCACACAAGUGCAACGACAUUCUGCAGGCCGCAAGGCCACCCCGUUCGUAUUUACGGAGACGUCGCAUACGUCCUAGGGUGGAGCGAGAUGCGCUUCAAGCGACUUGUUGGGUUCCGGGGUUCUUGCACGCCGAAACCGCAAAAGUCUCUGCGAUAUUCCACAUCACCGCGUCUACACCUGAUGCAUCAAACUACCAUGAGGCUUUUGACCGUCGACUCUCCCGUUCAACCUGUUUUCACUCGACCCAUCAUCUGCGUUCUGAUCCUUUGCCCCCUCCCUCUCCCUGAUUGACAUUACCAAUGCUCCUUACACUAGCCAUCCAUCUCUUGAACUGCUGUCUUUUCUGCCGUCCUCGACCCGCCACCCCCUUCACCCGCGCCGAUUUGUCCAUGUCCCUGCACAAAUGAUACCAAU